CGUCAACCUAUAACAUAAAAAUUUUCAAACUCCAUUUUUAUUGCAAGCAAGACUAGACUCCCCAGCCUACCCAAUUUUGAAAGUACUCUCCCAACUAAAAGAGAUGGAAGCGGGGGAAAAAUACAUUCAUGUUCCUAGAGUAAUGAGCAAAACAUAAAUGUAAAGAAAUUUUAAUCUUUAUUCUAGCUCAAAGAGAGUUCAAGAGUGGUACCUUGUUUGCAUUUCAAUACCAAACAUGGAAAAGAGAUCAGAUUUUUCCCAGAAGCUGUUAGAUGAUCUUCGGUUGCGGAAGGAGCGGAUGUCUGCCUCUCAGAACUCAAAGGGUUCGAAUCCAAAGGUUGCAGAUGCAUAUGCUUACUCCAAGUCAACCUAUAAAUCAUCCAGUAAACCAGAGGCAGUCAAUGCUACUGGUUCUAGACCUGGAAGCACACGAAACAGGCCUAGUGGAGGCAGGAAAUCAGUCAGCACUGGGCAGGCAUCGAAUCAGAUCGUUCCUUUUGAGGGAGGCAAGAAGCCACAACAAAUGGGAGAUCUGUCGAUGGCCCUGGAUUUCGCACUUGAAAAUGGAGGAAAGAUAAGAACAAAAUCUUCGGGAGCUAGUUCAAUUUUCAGUUUUCUACUGAACAUUGGUAGGAGACAGGUGGACUACGGGAAGAUGGAAAGAAGAAACAGAGCAGUAAGCAGGCAGCAACCUUCAAGUAGCCAACCCCCUAUUCUCUCUCAUAUCCAUAUUGAAGAAAUAUCAAGGGGUGCACAAAAGCUAAACCAGAUCCUCCGCGACUGCUCUAAUGGCCUCAACUUAAACAGAUAUUCUAUAGAAAUUGGAAGGGAACUGUUGAAAGGAGCAAUGGAUUUGGAGGAGUCUCUAACGUUGCUUGUAAACAUGCAGGAAACUUCGGAUUACUCAAUAACGCCACAGAGAAAAAGUCGGUUAACACUGCUAGAGGAGGAUGAAGAUGAUGAUGAGAACACCGUCAUGAUGGCUGGUCAGAAGCAAGUGAGUAGGCCGAUAUUUUCAUUUGAUAGACCCUCAAGAAAUUAUAAUGACAUUCAAGAAGUUGCAAGAACAGAACUUAAGCUGAGGCUGGCAGCUCUUACCUACUCUUCAGGGGUUACUAAUUCCAAGCAUGACAAGAAAGUUGCAGCUGCCUCAAAUUUACAUUCUCACAAGCGAUCGGUUAGCUAUGGUCCUGAUGCUAAAAGUCUCACUGCAUUCUCAGAACAAACUCGCUCAACUCCACUGCAGUCCAAACAAGAGAAGUCCAGAAUUCCAAAUGUAAUCGCAAAGCUGAUGGGGAUCGAUGAACUUCCAGGAAAUGUAGAUUCGAAGGUCACCACAAAAAAGGAGUUUGGAAAUAAAAAAGUAGAAGGGAUAAUUGCAAAGAGACCAGCACAGGAAAGCAUCAAGAAAGCUGAACAAAGGGCAAAAGACUCCACAACCCCAUCUCUCCCACCGGCAAAACAGAAAGCAACAAUUGCCACCAAGAUUCCACCGGUUCAGGAUACAGUUAAACCACAAGGAGGAAAAACAUUGGCAACUAGAAAUGUUAGCACAAGGGUUGCUGUUAACAACAAAUUACCACCUCAAAGGGCUUGGAAGACUUAAAUUCAAUGACAAGCUCAAGAAAGGCCAUGGUUAAGAUUACCAAACAACGAAGUGAUGUUGCCCAACCGUAU